AGAAAAGCGCCGCGAUAUCUGUGUCCAUCAAUGGGUGCGUGCUGCGGGAAGCCGCCUCCCCCACCCAAAAAAGACGAAGAACCCCAGGACAACAAAGGCCAAGAGGAUGGCACAUGGGCGUCUCCCCCACCAGCCGCCAGCGCCACGAAGCCCCCCACGGCCAAGGUACAGGCGAUGGACGAGCAUGCCGGUGACGAGGGCAUGAUUGCUCCCGGCGAUAAUGAGAUGGAGAAAGAGGGAGCGGGAGAGGGAGAGGGAGACGGGGGAGAGUCACGAGCCGCUGACGAGACCGGGGAAGAAGCUGGGGAAGAGACUGGGGAUGCCGCUGCUGUCGCUGUGAAUGUGAGUAGGCAUGCAUCCACACGAGGCAAGCAGAAAGACCCACGUGUGGGGAUGGGAUGUGUGCAUGUGUGGCAGGGCGAGCCGGAGACCCAUGCUGACGGGGAGGGGGAGGGCGGAGAAGAGACGCACAAGGAAGACCACCACGAUGAUGCGACAAAGGAACAGCCAGACCAACACGAGCAACACGAGCACGGAGAAGAGCAGGUCCGCAUUCAUGAGCCAACCAUCCAAUCGAUGAUUCUCCACGCCUUGUCUGCAGGCGGUUGUGCAGCAUCAGGCGAAGGGCAUGAGUUUGUCUCGCCGCAUCAUCUUCGGCAUCAGUCAGCGGCUGAGUCGCCGCAAGCAGCCGAGGCAGUGCCGCCGGUGCGACGCCUGCAGGGAGGAGAAACCCAAGUCGUCCCGACGCAUUAUCUGGCCCGGCAAGUGGCGGGGCAAACAGAGGGGGGCGCAAUAAAAAAAUGGAUAUGGGCGUGAAGCGAAUGGUUGAGAGGGGCGGGCGCAUGGUGAGCUGUGGUGACGGAGACGGACACACACACACAGAGAGAGAGAGAGAGGGAGAGAGAGGGAGAGAGAGAGACGAGAUGGGGAAUGGAAAGACAUGGAUGUGGGUGUCUGUCCGG